AUGGUCCCACACCUUCAUGUUCUUCUAGUCGACACGAUCUUGGAUCAAAUUAUUCCGACCAUAGUGGGAAAGCCAUCUUCGCUGCAAUCACCCUCGAACACGAGCCGUCUGAGUGCUGUGUCAACCGAACGAUGCAUCAGCGUAGCGAAUUCUACAGCCAUACAUUUCCAAGAGUACGAUGAACAACCAACCGGUACUAUAAAACGUGCUCCACUUGAUGUUCUUCGACGAGUCAGUCACUCAUCGUCUUCAAAUGGAGGAGGUCAGUCAAUUGGAACUCCUGACGAUGAGGAUUCGGAUGAGGAGUUUCCUGCACCACCGCCAGUAUUGAGCAGAACGUCGACCCCUAGCCAGACGGAGGCUCGUGUUGUUCCAGCGGCUCCACCAAAACCUCUUCGACAAUCGAUGACAUCACCGAAUUGUUCACCGAUGAAACAGCAGCUACCACAUUGUGUGUCACCUCCGCAGACUUUCAGUCCCACUUCUCAACCAGGCACACCCACUCCGAAAAAGGCACCACCACCUCCACCACCGAAACGUUCAGAAGCAACGCGACUUGUCACAGCGAUUUCGCCACAACCGAAUCACAUAAGCGAUCUUGAAGCGGCCUUGGCGAGGAGGCGUGAGAAAAUCGCACAGAAUUGA